AUGACCAAUCGUUCCGAGGGCAUUGCCGGCAGGUUCCGGGGUUCCGGAGUUCUGGGGUUCUGUGGUUGCUCCCCUCCCGAAAGACCAUAUAAAACCAACUUGCAAAAAGUCCCACUCACAGUCAUUACCCCCAACCCUUCCUAUUCGGCAGUCUGUGGGAGAUAUCACUGGUAUCUGGACCGUAUCAGAGAUCUCUGCUCUAAUGUUGAUGCUGCCGCAGCCGGCAAGCCCACAGUCUCCACCCCGAAUGUGGAACAGUUUAACACCGUCAUCCAUUCAUUCAGUCAUUCCUCAGGAUAUUCCAAGCCUCCAGUAGUUGAAUGGAGUAGCCAAAUAGAAGGAUUGAAGGCAUGGAUCCGCUACACCAUUGCGGAGUUCCGCUCCCUUCUGAGUUGA